UAGAAAGACAUCAAAAAGCCAAACAAAGAUGAGAUUCAAUUCAUAUUCCUCAUAAAGUAAAAAAAGGAAAGGGGAAAAACUCAAUAAAAGAGACCAAAAGGUCCUACCCUUUUCUCCAUGGACCGACUAGUCCAUCCUCCAUACUCCAUACUUCUUCAUCUCCUCCAAAUCCAACUAAACUGAAUUACGAAAUACAAUUAUCAUCACUCCAUACAAUAGUACAAAAGUUACAACAAACACCCCAUUCCCACACAGUCACACAUUACACAUUCAAGGGAAAAAAAAAUGUUCUUUUUAAGGCCCCUUUCUGUCUCUCCCAAUUUCAAUUCUCUCCUCCCAAAGCCAAAAUGAAACCUCCCCAAAAAAACACUCUUUAGAGGAUACUCACAAAAUCCACACUCUUCAUUUCACACCAUAUUUCCUUCUCUUUCCACUCAAUCCCACACUCCUUCCUCUCUACUGACUACCACCAAACAACUUCUUCCCUCUAUUUCACACUUCCAAACCUUUUUAGUACUGUUUGAAUUUCUCUACACACACUCACACGGUAAGAGAUAGCGCAUCACAGAAAGGAAAUUUUUUUAAAAAAGGAAAAAAUGCGUUAUCUUCUUCUGCUGUUUCUCUUGUUACAUUCUUCUUUAGCGGCGAGGCCACCGCGGAUGCCGGAACACGAUGCAUUGCUUGCUAUUAAAUCUGCUAUUACCGACGACCCACAAUCCGCUUUGGCUUCUUGGAAACCCUCCACCGGCCAUUGUGGCUGGGUUGGCGUUACUUGCGAUUCUCAUGGCCGUCAUGUGAUUGGGCUUGAUAUUUCGGGCCUUAAUCUCACCGGAACUCUUUCCCCUGACGUGGGCCAUCUCCGUUUGCUGUUGAACCUCUCUGUUGCGGCCAAUCAGUUCUCCGGUCCCGUUCCGCCUGAAAUCUCCUCCAUUUCCACUCUCCGUUACCUCAAUCUCUCUAAUAAUAUAUUUAACCUAACUUUUCCGGCGGAGCUCAUUGGGCUGAAAAACCUCCGGGUUCUGGAUUUCUACAAUAAUAACAUGUCUGGGCCGUUGCCGGUGGAUGUUUAUCAGUUGACCAAUCUCCGGCAUCUCCACCUCGGCGGCAACUACUUCAGCGGUAGCAUUCCGGCGGAGUAUGGUACUUUUCCGAAUCUGGAGUACCUUGCUGUCUCUGGAAACGAGCUCGCCGGGAACAUCCCGCCGGAGAUUGGGAACCUGUCCACACUUCAACAUCUUUACAUUGGUUACUUCAACACCUUCUCCGGUGGGAUUCCUCCGGAAAUCGGAAACUUGUCUCGGCUUGUUCGGUUUGAUGCCGCCAACUGUGGCCUCUCCGGUGAGAUUCCUCCGGAGCUUGGGAAGCUUCAGAAUUUGGAUACCCUAUUUCUGCAAGUGAAUUCUCUUUCAGGCUCAGUAACGCCGGAACUGGGAUAUCUAAAGAGCCUUAAGUCGAUGGAUCUGUCCAACAAUGUGUUCACCGGCGAGAUACCUGCUACAUUUGCGGACCUGAAGAACCUGACCCUUUUGAAUCUUUUCAGGAAUCAGCUUCACGGGUCGAUUCCGGAUUUUAUUGCAGACUUGCCGGAGCUGGAAGUGCUGCAGCUCUGGGAGAACAACUUCACUGGGAGCAUCCCACAAGGGCUAGGUACUAAUGGAAAGCUGCAAACGGUGGACCUUAGUUCAAACAAGUUGACUGGAAAUUUACCUCCAAACAUUUGUACUGGGAACAAGUUACAGACUCUGAUUACUCUGGGUAACUUCCUAUUUGGUCCAAUUCCUGAAUCCUUGGGUCAGUGCAAGUCACUCAGUCGAAUUAGGAUGGGUGAAAACUACCUGAAUGGAUCAAUUCCGAAGGGGCUUUUGAGUUUGCCGAAGCUAACCCAAGUUGAGCUUCAGGAUAAUCUUCUCACCGGAACAUUCCCGGACACCGAAACAGUGUCCACCACUCUGGGCCAGAUUAGUCUUUCAAACAAUCAUUUGUCCGGGCCGUUGCCACCGAGUAUUGGGAAUUUUGCGGGUGUCCAAAAGUUCUUGCUAGAUGGGAACAGGUUCACUGGCCCUCUUCCAGCUGAAAUCGGCAAGUUGCAGCAGGUAUCAAAGAUUGACUUCAGUCACAAUAGCUUGUCAGGCCCCAUUGCCCCUGAAAUCAGUGAAUGCCAACUCCUAGCUUUUGUUGACCUCAGUAGGAACAACCUCUCUGGUGAGAUUCCCACUCAAAUCACAGGUAUGAGGAUAUUGAACUAUCUGAACUUGUCACGAAACCAUUUGACUGGGAGCAUUCCUUCUUCAAUUUCAACAAUGCAGAGCUUAACUUCUGUUGAUUUUUCGUACAAUAAUCUAUCUGGGUUGGUUCCUGGUAGUGGUCAGUUCAGUUUUUUCAAUUACACUUCAUUUUUGGGUAAUCCUGAUCUGUGUGGUCCUUAUCUGGGACCUUGCAAGGAAGGCAUUGUUAAUGGAACUCGUGAGCCUCAUGAGAGGGGCGCAUUUUCCCCCUCUAUGAAGCUUUUGCUUGUCGUUGGUCUACUUGUUUGUUCCAUUGUGUUUGCUGUUGCUGCAAUUAUAAAGGCCCGGUCUUUGAAAAAGGCUAACGAGGCUCGUGCUUGGAAGCUUACUGCUUUCCAGCGGUUGGACUUCACUUGUGAUGAUGUGUUGGAUUCACUGAAAGAGGAUAAUAUUAUUGGAAAAGGGGGUGCUGGGAUUGUAUACAAAGGGGUGAUGCCAAAUGGAGAACAUGUUGCAGUGAAGAGGUUGCCUGCUAUGAGCCGGGGUUCAUCCCAUGAUCAUGGUUUCAAUGCUGAGAUCCAGACUCUUGGAAGGAUUAGGCAUAGGUACAUUGUCAGAUUGUUGGGAUUCUGUUCUAAUCAUGAGACUAAUCUCUUGGUCUAUGAGUACAUGCCAAAUGGGAGCUUGGGAGAAAUGCUUCACGGCAAGAAAGGUGGUCAUUUGCACUGGGAUACUAGGUAUAAGAUCGCUGUUGAAGCUGCCAAGGGUCUCUGCUAUCUUCAUCACGAUUGCUCACCUCUGAUUGUCCACCGUGAUGUCAAGUCAAACAACAUUCUCCUAGAUUCGAACUUUGAGGCUCAUGUGGCUGAUUUUGGACUUGCUAAGUUCUUGCAAGAUUCUGGGACAUCAGAAUGCAUGUCUGCUAUUGCUGGUUCUUAUGGUUACAUCGCACCAGAAUAUGCCUACACACUCAAAGUUGACGAGAAGAGUGAUGUGUACAGCUUUGGGGUAGUUCUCUUAGAAUUAGUGAGCGGCAGAAAACCAGUUGGGGAGUUUGGAGAUGGUGUUGACAUAGUGCAGUGGGUUAGGAAGAUGACUGAUGGUAACAAGGAAGGGGUGCUCAAGAUACUUGAUCCGAGACUCCCAACAGUUCCCCUUCAUGAGGUGAUGCAUGUGUUCUAUGUAGCAAUGCUAUGCGUUGUAGAACAGGCUGUGGAACGACCAACAAUGAGGGAGGUAGUGCAAAUACUGACUGAGCUGCCCAAGCCAGCCAACUCGAAACAGGAGGCUCACUCCACAUUGACCGAAUCACCACCACCGGCCUCUAAUGUCGAGUCUCCAAACAAUGCCCCGGCAGACCCAAAAGACCAUCACCAACAAUCCCCGCCUCAAUCUCCACCACCUGAUCUUCUUAGCAUUUGAUCCCUAGUCCUAGCUAGUAAAUUUGUCGGGGGAGAAAAUGGGAUGCUUUAUUUAGUUUACAAUAGGAGUAAUUUUCUUAUCAGUUUUAAGCUUAAGUUUCGGUAAUCAAUUGGUUUGGGUUGGCCUAGCUUUUUCUAUUUUGUGUUGCAUUUUGCUUUUUUCCUCACUUCAGCUUUUUUGAGGGAAUUAGGUUAGGGGAAAAGGGCCGGGUUUGACUCUCAAACCUCUAACUUUGAAAGGGGUAUUUGUAAGUUUUAAGUUGCCUUUUGGUUUUGCUUUCUAGUAAUGUGUAUGUGUACAUAAGAGGGGGGAGUUGUUGGCAGAAAGAUGAUCAUUAAACAUGUGAAGUUGAUUCCCUGUAUUCAUCUUUAUCGCUUUAUUGCACUAAAAAAAGUCCACAUCUUUAAGUAUGAAAAUCAUCAAUAUUUUCAUGUGGGUUCGUAUUGAUAACAGUGUUUUGUGUAGUAUAACUUAAACAUGCUUUAAACAAUGUUGAAAUGGGUCAUCAUGAGUUUGAGAUAGCCCCAAGCAAUGGAGGCGUGGUUUGCUGUGCCCAGCAGUGCUUUCAAUUACCGAGACAGAGACCAGUUAGCGGCAUUUUGGGAUGCCAGAGUGUGG